AAGUAGAUCCAGAAUUAAUGGAGAUCACAGCUUUCUUCAUUCUAGCAACACUCAUUUUCAUCCUUUUAUUCAUCAUCAAACAAACUAAACUCAAGAACCUGAAAAACCUUCCACCAGGUCCACCCAAGUUACCCGUCAUCGGAAACUUGCAUCAAGUAGGCGAUAAACCUCACGUCUCCCUUGCGCAAUUCGCCAAACAACACGGCCCUCUUAUAUCUCUUCGUUUAGGUACACAACUUCUCGUGGUUGCCUCUUCUCCGGAGGCAGCCAUGGGAAUUCUCAAAACACAAGACCGUCUUCUUUCUUCUCGUACCGUGCCUACUGCAUUUCAGCAGGAAUCCCUACUUCCCCACUCCAUUCUUUGGUCGGAUUGCAACGAUACCUGGAAAACCCUAAGAACCCUUUGUCAGACCGAAAUGUUCUCCGCAAAAGCCUUACAAACCCACUCUAGAUUACGAGAAGAAAAGCUAGAUGUGUUGUUGGAUUUCUUGCGUAUAAAACAAGGACAAGCGAUUAACGUCGAGAAAGUCAUCUUUGCUACAUUAUUCAACUCUUUGAGUUGUGUUGUGUUUGACAAAGAGUUGCUUGAUUUGAAAUCUGAGCACGAGGUUACCGGUGGGUUGAAAGACUCGUUGUUUCAGAUACUUGCUUACGGAGGCCAUGUGAAGGAUUUUGGUUCAUUUUUUCCGAUUUUCCAGAGAUUUGAUCUCCAGGGAAUACGAAAGGGAAGCAUGAAACAAAUGCAAAAGGCGUUUUCUUUCUGGGAGGAUAUCAUAGAAGAUAGAAGAGCUCGGGUUAAUUCUUCAACGUGGUCGUCAGAUCAGGCGAAAUCUUUCUUAGAUCGGUUGCUUGAAAAAAGAUUCUCAAACGACCAGAUCAAUGAAUAUAUUGCGGAAUUAUUUGUUGCUGGAUCAAAUACAACGACGACUGCAUUGGUUUGGGCUAUGACCGAACUGGUAAGAAACAAAGAGGUAGUUACCAAAAUCCGAGAGGAGAUGAAAAGAGAAAUCGGUUCCGAAAAAGUGAGCGAGUCUCAUCUAUCUAAAUUACCGUAUUUACAAGCAUGUAUCAAAGAAACUCUAAGAUUACACGCACCCGUACCUUUUCUGCUUCCACAUAAGGCCAAGGAAAGCUGUGAGGUGAUGAAUUAUACAAUUCCUAAGAACGCGAGAAUAUUUGUCAACGUUUGGGCGAUGGGCCGAGACCCUGAAGUUUGGGAUGACCCGUUAUCUUUCAAACCCGAAAGAUUUCUUGGCUCAAAUUUGGAUUACAAGGGUCAAAAUUUUGAGUUAUUACCAUUCGGUUCAGGAAGAAGGAUGUGCCCUGGUUUACCCUUAGGUAGCAAGAAUAUGGAAUUUAUAUUAGCAACUCUGAUUCAUGAGUUUGACUGGGCUCUUCCGAACAGUGAAGAUCCGAUGAAACUCAACAUGGACGACAAAUUCGUGAUCACUUUGAAAAGGGAAAAACCUCUUGAACUCGUCUUCAAACCUAAACAAGCAUCAUUAAUCGUUUAAUGUCGAUAUAAAUUCAAUGGCUUACAUCAUGUGCUUUUAAAUAAAUGCCUGAGAUCAUGCUUGAUUUAUAUGUAAUUUUCUCUUACACCCUAUAUUUGGAUUUAAUA